CACCUCAAUCUCCUCACCCUCACACACACAUUCACACACACUCUUUUUCCCCACGUUUCACACACUUUAAGCAACCCUCUCCGCCGCCGACCACCACACCACACCACACCUAACUCCCUCUCCUGUUUAUGGAAUGACCGAUUAUCGCCUAACCACCACCACCACCAUGAACCACCACUGGACCACCGAUGACAACUCAUCAAUAAUGGACCCGUUCAUCACCUCCGACAUCACAUCCAUCUGGGCCAAUCCAACGGCCACAAAUCCUCCAGCGUCAUCGUCCGCUUCCACCUCAAUCAUCCAUGAAUUUAACCCAGAUACGCUCCAGCCACGACUCCAGGGGCUGAUCGAUACAGCCCGGGAGUCAUGGACGUACGCUAUCUUCUGGCAAUCAUCCUUUAACAACGACCAGUACCCAACCCCACCCGUAUUAGGGUGGGGAGACGGGUACUACAAAGGCGAAGCAAACAAAACCAAAACGACACCGUCAACCACUUCUUUAGCUGAACAGCAGUACCGUAAAAAAGUGCUGCAAGAGCUUAAUUCGUUAAUUUCGGGUGCACAAGCAGCAGAAAAUGAUGUGGAUGAAGAAGUUAGUGAUACCGAGUGGUUUUAUCUUAUCUCAAUGACUCAGUCAUUUUCUAUUGGUGACGGGCUUCCUGGCCAGGCCGCGUUUAAUAAUAAACCGGUUUGGGUGGCCGGACCGGAACGGUUGAUGGAGUCUUCCUGCGAGCGUGCUCGUCAGGGGCUCGGGUUCGGGUUGCAAACAAUUGUUUGUAUUCCUUGUGUUGAUGGUGUUAUUGAGCUGGGAUCGACUGAGUUGAUUUCCCACAGUUUCGAUGUGAUGAAGAAGGUUAAGCUUUCGUUUAAUAUUAGUUUCAGCGAUAUGAUGCAUAAUAAUAUGGAUCAGGGUCCGGGUUCGGGUUCUGGUCCGGGUCCGGAUCCAUCGUCGAUCUGGGUUACAGAUCCGGUGGCUUCAUCUACUGUGAAUUCUGUUGUUACAGAUGUAAUUGGUUGUCAGACCACAAACGUUUCUCACGUUUCAAAACAAUCGCAGAUUGAAAACUCUAAUUAUGGGUAUAAUAACCCUAAUCAGGGAUCUUUUGGGAGCAGAGAGUUGAAUUUCUCUGAAUUCAGAUCGUUUGAUGGGGGCCGAAACGUUAAUUCUUCGAAUAAUAAGGCGGAAUUCGGCAAGAUUUUGAGUUUUAGCGAGAGUAACAAGAGUUCUAAUAAUGAAACUCUGUUCUCCGGGCACUCUCAGUUCAUUGGAACUGAGGGUAAUCAUAAUAAUAGUAACAAGAAGAAAAGAUCUCCGACUUCGAGUGGUAGUAACGAAGACGGGAUGCUCUCUUUUGUCUCGGGUGUGGUUCAGCCGUCUAGUUUGAAAUCCGGUGGUGUCGCGUUGACGAGAGCGGAUUCGGGUCACUCGGAUCUUGACGCGUCGGUGAUUCGAGAAGUGGAAAGUAGUAAACUGGUGGAACCGGAGAAAAGACCGCGAAAAAGAGGGCGAAAACCGGCUAACGGGAGAGAAGAGCCGUUGAAUCAUGUGGAAGCGGAGAGACAAAGAAGAGAGAAGCUAAACCAGCGAUUCUACGCGCUACGCGCUGUCGUCCCAAACGUCUCGAAAAUGGACAAGGCGUCACUCUUAGGCGACGCGAUUUUGUACAUUAACGAGCUGAAAGCUAAGCUCGAAAACAAUGAGGGGAACAAAGACGAAUUAAGAAACCAGAUUGACGCGUUGAAGAAAGAAUUAUCAAACAAAGUCUCCGCGCAAGAAAACAUGAAAAUGUCCUCCGUCACCACCCGCGGUCCACCCGCGGAUUUGGAUGUAGAUGUGAAAGUCAUUGGCUGGGAUGCAAUGAUUAGAGUCCAAUGUAACAAAAAGAGCCACCCAGCCGCGCGUCUAAUGACCGCGAUGAUGGAGCUAGAUUUAGAAGUGCACCAUGCGAGUGUGUCGGUUGUGAAUGAGUUGAUGAUGCAACAAGCCACCGUGAAGAUGGGCGGCCGGUUGUACACCGAAGAUCAGCUUCGGUUAGCCUUAAUUAGUAGGUUUUAAGAUCCGAUAUGAAUUCCGGCAAUCGGUGAAGCCGUGAAGAUGUUUAAUGUAGUAUAGUAUCGUAUAGUAGUAUUAUAGUUAGGUUAAGUUAAUUCCUCGUAUAUUUUUAGAGUGAAUUCAUGUGUAAAAUAUCUUUGUUUAUAUGUAUUAAAUCUUGUUAUUUUUGUGGUCGGAGACUUUGUGUUCAUGUUUGUUUAGAUUUGGGAUAUCAAACAUUAUGGUUUGCUACCUGUUGUACUAUGUUAACCACUACAUCUUUGUUCUUUUA